CUUGCUCCUCUCAUCGAGUGAAAGUCGCUCUGUCAUGUCGGAGACGCUCUGUCCCGGCCGAAACCCUCACCAUUUCGCACUCGAAGUUCCGCCUGUUGUCACAUUUUCGUGGUCCCGGUCCGCGCUCCGUUCAACCCCUUCCGAUCCACCCCUCGAGCCGACUGCCAUGCACCCUCAUCGCCUCCCCUUGACUUCAAACCUCACCUGAUACAUAGUGUCUGUGUUGUGUUUCAGUGCUUUAAUUUUUUCUUCGGUUUUUUCUUCACAGAAAUCGAAAAUUCUCCACCCCCACCUUACCUGUGUGGUUUUCGCCCCUUAAACCCUUUAGUUACCAAUUUUUUUAAAAGAAAGUGUGAUUGCCCUUUUCUAAAAAUUAUUUUGUUCUGUGAUAAUUCCUUCCCACUGCCUAAUUCGCGAGUGCCGUUCGAUUUUUUUCGCGUUCGUCUUCCCUCGUCCGUGAGUUGUGUUCCGUUCCGCGGAAAAUCUCGCCGGAAUCAUUUUUCCGCCGCCCCAAGUUACCAAUAAUCUUAAGCCCCCUGCCUUUUCGGUGCUUCGUCGUUUCGAGUCCGCGAAUCAAAUCGUACUUUGUGAUCACCGGCUCAAAAACAGGUGCCUUUGGAUAUACUCGUCGCGUUUGGAUACUUACUGCGUCUUCGAGCUGAAUUUUAACAAGUGCCUUAUUCAUUUUAACGUGCAUUUAUUCCGAUCUUCCGCGCCCUGAACCUGCGCCACGGAGGAAUCCCCUGUGAAACGAUCCCGCUUCGUUUUUGACGAAUUUUACCGUCUCGUAUAGUUACCAUUAGUUUUUAAAGCAUUUAAAAAGUACUCGAAUUCUCCAAGUGUCUUUAUAUUAUUUAACUUAUCUCACGUGAGGUGUUUGGUGAUCGAUCUGACAAAAAUACUUGUAAAGAAAACUAAGUGGUGUGGUGCUUCAACUUUUACCAUAUUCUGGAUUAACCAUCUCAUACAUUUGGAUUACUUUGGAUUACAUUAAUGCCUAACCAAUGGCGGUGUGAUCAAAAUAUCGUUCAUGAGGUGGCUCAAGUUCCAGAAAUACCGUGAUAUUUCCAGAACUUUACGGAAAGUUAGAGUGUGACGCUGGCAUUCUUGAAGCCAGGCCCCCCGGGGUCAAACUCUGCGAUGCCCUUUGCGAUUGAAGAUGACCUCCUGUGGUGUGCUGACAAUGAUGAGAAAAUGGUCGACCUCUCCGUUUGUCUGCCAAAGGCCGAUCCUGAUACAACAAUGCCAACGGCAGAUGAGGAUGGGCAAGAUGAAAUUGAAACUUAUAACGACGCACUCGCCGCAAUAAAUCAACUCGGGUGCUUUUCGGCCACUAAAAACUGUCCCCAAUUGAUGGAGCUUAUGGAAGAAGCGAGACAGGCAGUUCUGGCCGAGUUCUGGCCCUAUCAAAAAUCCAUUAACUUUCUAGAAAAUGGAGGGAACCUGGGCGAGCUGUCCAGCACGGACCUCUCUGGCCUUGUUCCUGAGCUGGAAGAGGACCCAGUUGAAGAGGAUAUCUUCAAACAACUAGAACUUGAUAAUUUUUUCGAUUUUAGUAAUGAUGUUAAAGAAGAAAAUAACAACAGUGUCGUUAGCUCAAACAACAAAAAUCAAGUUUCAGCCUACCUGCAAGAGCUGCAACGAAAUUCCGUAUCAAGUCGAAAGUUCAACAUAGCAGCAGCAAAUCCACUAUUAGCAGAAAAAUUAUCCUCACCUCCGACGGUUGGAAGUAGUAGUAGUAGUAGUAACAAUAAUGAAUCAUCAACAUUCCCUGUCCCUAAUCGAGCCAUCAAAACUGAACCAGGACUCAGAUCAGUGGACACGUCGGUGCCUCUUGUGCCUCGAUCACCUCCUCCACCUGGUCCCGUCUACAUCAAACGGGAGCCAUCGGAACACAAAGCUCUCCUACAUGGCAUUCUUUCUCAGCAUCACGUAGCGCUACUUACUUACAAUGCAUCUAAUACUGGAUCUCUUCCACCAAGCCCUGCCGACUCAGGAGUGUCUGAUGUGGACAGCAGCAGUAGUGGUCACACAAGCAAUGAUGAACUCCGCGCUAGGCUUCAACCCCCUUCCUCCUCACAAUCUCAUCAUCAAUUGCAAGGCUCUUGCAAUCGAAGCUCACCCGACUACCCUGCUCACUUUUUAUCUCCUUACUACCAGCAACACACGUGGCACACGCCCACACCCUCCCGCACUCACCCUCUCUGCAAUACCAGGCCACCAUUACCAGACAGUUAUGGGGGUUUCAUGCCGCCGCCGAACAACUACCAAGUGCAGAGCUACAACAGCAGCUACGCGUCGUCCAACUCGGGGCAGUUCACCGUUCCGUCGGGGCCCUCCUCCGGGCGAGGGGGCGCUUCCUCCAUACCCACGUCUGUGAUCCAAGCGGCCACCUCCAGCUCGCACGAUGAUCUGUACUUGUUAGAAAUGGGCUUCCAGUACCGCAUCAAGAAGAAGAUGAAGAGGCCCAAGUCCGACGCCACCCCCGGAACUGGCGCCAAGCGGAAGAGUCGAGAAGGCUCAACCACUUAUCUAUGGGAAUUCCUUUUAAAGUUAUUGCAAGAUAGAGAAUAUUGUCCGCGUUAUAUCAAAUGGACCAAUAGGGAAAAAGGUGUGUUCAAGCUGGUAGAUUCUAAAGCCGUCUCAAGACUCUGGGGCUUGCACAAAAACAAGCCUGACAUGAAUUAUGAAACUAUGGGACGUGCUCUAAGGUAUUAUUAUCAAAGAGGUAUUUUAGCCAAGGUGGAUGGUCAGAGGUUAGUAUACCAAUUUGUCGAUGUCCCUAAAGACAUCAUAGAGAUCGAUUGCUCGGGAGUUUAGUUUUAUUAUCUACUUAAACUAAUAUUCUUGAUUUUUAAAGUUUUAAAAACUGGAAUUGAGUAUAUUAUUUUACUUUAUUUAUUUAUUUUUUUUAAUUCAAGUUGGUAAAAAUGGCAAAUGCCUCUUCUUUCUAUUUGCCCCAGUUCAUCAACACCUCUUUUUGUAUUAAAUACAAAGUUUUCAGAAAAUUCUGAAAAGGUAAAAUUUUGUCAACUGUUUUAAUAUAUCACUGCUGACCACUGCUUCUGCUCAAGUUAAUCAGAGCAAAUUAGUUCUUUGAACUAGUUUUAUAUUCAAAGUCCAACAGCAAUAAUCCGUUCUAUGAUUACCUUGCCAGAAAUAUUUUGCCGAAUUCUAAGGACAAUGGCAGGGAUGAAUAACGUGUUCCUCGACUCAGGCAAACUAAUUCACUUGCGUUGUGAAAAAUUUAAUUGCCUUUCAUGUCUUGCACUUCUCUGAUUUUUGUUCUUAAAUUUUUGCUCAAUGUAUACAAAAACAUCCAAAAAUCAUUCUGUAAUGCUUUUUUUCUCACAUUUAGGUGUGAAACAUAUUUUGAUACUUUUUUAUAAUUAAGAUAUCGUGGAGUUUUUAACUUUUCCUAAACUUUGAUUUCAAGGGACCUAACUUUGACUUUGAGUCCGCAUUGUUUAAAACCCUCCUACCUCUCUGUUUAAGGCACAAUUUUAAAAAGAAAGUUUAUUUUAUAAGAGCAAAUUUGUCGGCAAGGGCCGUUGAUUGAUUUUGCAAAGCUCAAGAAAAUUUUUAUAGCAGAUCUGACUUUUUUAUUUUUUCACAAUGUAAGUUGUCGUAUGUCAGAAGUGAGAAUUUUAUUUUUUAUGGCUGCAUUCGUACUUGCUCCCAAUUCUCGUUCUCUGAUUUUUUUAUUCCUAUCAAAAAGUAAUCAAAUGGGGUGAAUAAAGGAAGUAAUAAAAGUUUUUUUAAAAAACUGUUUGUGUAAUUUUAUACAUUACAAUUCUGUGACCUGAUUAUUUUUUUAUUCUUUUUUUACAAUAUCUUGAUAAUUUUAAAUUAAAUUAAUUAAAAAUUUAAUUGAAUACUUUGUUACAAACUUAUAUAUAUCUCAGUCUAAUUGUUAAAUGUAUAUAUUUUUAGUUUUAUAUUUGUUGCAAACUACCAUGUCAAAAAAGUUUAAUGUUAGUAACAAAGUAAAGUUCAUGAUGAAUAUUCAUGAAAGAUACUUUCUCACUCUAGGUAUUUUGAAUUUUAGUCCGCUUCUCAUCAAAACAUGCGGUAAUCUAGUUUUUUUUAUACCUUUAAUUUGGAUAUCAUGUAAUGGUGUUAAAGUUUCCAAGUACAAAAUGAUAUCUUACUUUCGUGUACCAUUUAGGAAAAAACUUGUAUUUAAUGUUGUCAUUUUAAAAAUGUUUCCUAUUUCGUUCACAGGAAUAAGUUGUUAAUCCCUUUGUAUAGUUUAUUUUGUCUCAAUGUUUUCUCUAUGAGGCGUUUGUCAAAAACAGAAACAAACGAAACUCCUUUCGAAUUAUUUGUUUAAUUAGAAGUACCUAAUUAGUUCUUUUGUCAAUUUAGACUCCCCUCCCUCAAAGUGUCUUUCUAUUUUUCUAUUUCGUGCGUUUUUCAAAAAAUCAAUGGAAAAUGAAUAGCGCAUGGGUACAAAUUACACCUGUACUAUUUGAACAAAGUUAGUGUUGUGAAUCUUGGCAAAGUGAAAUUUUCAGAAAAUUGAAGUAGUCGAAAAGACAGGAUUUUUUUUUUUUUUUUUU